UACAAGAUUUUGUUGCUCACCUUCAAAAUCCAGUGGUCUUACAAAGGAUUUUAAAUGUGAAUAAUUUUGAUAAAAAUUUGCUCACUCAAAUUUUACUGAGAGCAAAUAAAAGAAAAUUUCUGACUGCUUACAAUUUACUUAAAGCGAGUAUCAAUGAAGAAGGACGUUUAGUAAAUAUAACUGAUGGAUUUGUAAUAAGACAAUCUACAGAUAUAAUGUGGAAAAGUUUUACACCUGCCGAAAAAA